CAGUGAUAGAUUUUCUUGUUCCCUCUCUCUCACACUAUUCUCUCUCUCUCUCUCUCUCACACACACACACACACACACACACACAUUCUCUCUCUUGUCUCUCACACACACACACACACACACACACACACACACACACGCGAAGGCACAGCCAAAAAAACGCAGUUACAACUUGCAUACGAUAGCGAGAGAAAGAGAGAGAAAGAGGUGGCGCUGUUGUUGUCUUAAAUGAGAGUGGUGUAGCAGAGUAAGGGGGUUCAGUGCAGUUACCAUGGCGGCGUUGCAGGACUCUAAUUCCGUGCCAUUAUUGCUUCGAACAACGAAAGAAGAGAAUUGAAAUCCCAAAAAAAAAAAAAAAAGAACCAUAAUUUCAUUUAUCAUUUAUGAUUUAUUAGUAUUUUACCCAAAAAAAAAAAAAAUUUGGGAAAAUUUGUUGGUGGAAAAGCUGCAAAGCCUCGACUACAAGAUUACAUCGAGUCAGAGAGAGUCAGAAUUUUCAGAAACCAUCCCUCCUCCAAACAACCGCUGUUUUUCUUUAUUAAUAUCAUCCCCCCACAAGACCCAGACCAACCACUUCCCCCCCCCCCCCCCCCCCUUCUUGUAUCUAAUCUAGCGAAAACCCGGAGAUCUCGAUCACUUGUCUUUCAAGAUUUGAAAGCUCCUGAUUGAUACACAUUAUAAGGUUAAUUUUUAGCUGGAUAUGGAUUUUUACCCCAAAUUGAGGUUAGUCGCAGAUUUUAGGUGCAAGAAAUGGCUGGGUUCUUUUGUCUAGGUGGUGGUAAAGAAGCUCCAAAUAACAAGCAAGAGGAAGAAGAAGAUCAUAGAGUACAACAGCAACAAGGAGUAGGAGGAGGAGGAAACAGCCUGUUUUUGUACAGAAACGAAGAGAUCUAUAACAACAACAACAACAAGGGUUUUGAGAUAUGGCCACAGUAUCAUCAGCAACAGCAGAAUUUGAGCAGCUAUUACUCGUUUGGAGUGGGUCCUAGCCGAAUUAGAAGCUUCAACAUCAACAACGAUUCCUCCGAUGAGUCUUUGAGAUUCGGAUUUACGGUGAUGAGGCCAAGUGGUGGUUUAGGAGGAAGUGGAAGUGGAAGUGGAGGUGGAGGUAUGAAUUGCCAAGAUUGUGGGAACCAAGCCAAGAAAGAUUGCAUCCAUUUGAGAUGCAGAACUUGUUGCAAAAGCCGAGGGUUUCAGUGCCCAACGCAUGUCAAGAGCACUUGGGUUCCUGCUGCAAAAAGGCGAGAGAGGCAACAGCAACUGGCUGAAUUACAACAACAACAACAACAACAACAGCAACACCAACAACAACAACAACAACAGUUUCGAGUAGACAACUCCAAAAGGCAGAGAGAGAAUCAAGAAUCGGCUUCUCUUGCCUGCACUCGUUUACCCACUACCACGUCAGGGUUGGAACUGGGAUCACAAUUCCCAACCGAAGUGAAUUCACCAGCGGUGUUUCGGUGUGUGAGAGUGAGCACGAUGGACGAUGUAGAUGACCAAUACGCGUAUCAAACGGCUGUGAACAUCGGAGGACAUGUUUUCAGAGGAAUUCUUUACGACCAAGGACCUGACGGUCAUUAUUCCACGGGUGGCGAGGGCUCUUCAGGCCGCGGUGGCGACGACGACGGUGUGCAGCAACUAAACCUCAUCACAGGUGGAACCACAACAACCUCAUCAUCAGGAACCCAUACUGGAGCUAACCCAUCAUCUUUGCUUGAUCCUUCAUUGUAUCCAACUCCACUCAACGCUUUCAUGGCUGGUACGCAAUUCUUCCCACCCCCGAGGCCUUAAAAAAUUUGCCCUUCAAUAGAUCUCUCUACCCACACCUGCUUCUUUUUUUAAUUUUUUUUUACCAAAAUCUUCAUUUGUCAGCUCCUCUCUCUAAUUUAGUUCUGCUUAUUAUGGUUUUCAAGAACCUUUUUAACAUGCACUGAAAGUAGAACAAAAGAAAAAAAAAAAAAAAAAGAAUUGCCUAGGAAGUAGUGGAAAAAACUGGGAUGAGGAUAAUAUGGGGGAUGUUUUGUUUUGUUUUCGAAUUUCAAUUCAGAUUUCCAUAUGGUUUUAUUUUGAUCUUAUCGAUGAGCCAUUGUCAAUUUAUUUAAGGAAAAGAAGCAUUUGUUUUUGUUGUUUA